CGUUACGUAUAUGUUGCAUUAAGCAGCUAGCACAAGGCUUCCUUCAUUAAUCCGAUCGAUCGAUGGCGCAGCAGCAGCAGGGGCAGGGUGUGUCGAUGGCGAUGAUGAGCCGGAACCCGAGCUACUACUACUCCGGCGAGGCGGACCUGGAGCGAGCGCUGGGCGUGGGCGUUCCAGCGGUGCCGCGGCAGGACUCGCUGUUCCGGGACGCGAGCAGGGCGGGCGGGGGCGGGGGCGGGGGGCAGGAGGCGGCGGAGGGGUGGGCGCGCACGCUGCGGCUGGCCUUCCAGUGCUUCGGCGUGCUCUACGGCGACAUCGGCACGUCGCCGCUGUACGUGUACUCGAGCACCUUCAACGACGGCGGCAUCCGGCACACCGACGACCUGCUGGGCGUGCUCUCCCUCAUCGUCUACAGCUUCCUCCUCUUCACCAUCAUCAAGUACGUGUACAUCGCCCUGCGCGCCAACGACGACGGCGACGGCGGCACCUUCGCGCUCUACUCGCUCAUCUCGCGCCACGCCAAGGUGAGCCUGGUGCCCAACCAGCAGGCGGAGGACGAGCUGCAGCUGCACAUGAGCAAGUCGUCGUCGCUCCGCCGCCCCUCCGUGCAGCGCCUCGCCUCCACCGCGGAGGAGCGCGCCCAGUGGGUGAAGCAGCUCCUGGAGACGAGCAGGCCCGUGCGGAUCUCUCUCUUCCUGCUCACCAUCCUCGCCACCGCCAUGGUCAUCAGCGACGCCUGCCUCACGCCCGCCAUCUCCGUCCUCUCCGCCGUCGGUGGCCUCAAGGAGAAGGCGCCACACCUCAACACUGAGCAGGUGGUGUGGGUGACGGUGGGCAUCCUGGUGGCGCUGUUCGCCGUGCAGCGCUUCGGCACCGACAAGGUCGGCUACCUCUUCGCCCCCGUCGUCCUCCUCUGGCUGCUCCUCAUCGGCGGCGUCGGCGUCUACAACCUCGCCGCGCACGACGUCGGCGUCCUCCGCGCCUUCAACCCCAAGUACAUCCUCGACUACUUCCGGCGCAACGGACGGCACGGCUGGGUCUCGCUCGGCGGCGUCCUCCUCUGCUUCACCGGUACCGAGGCGCUCUUCGCUGACCUCGGCUGCUUCAGCAUCCGCUCCAUCCAGCUCAGCUUCGCCUUCGGCCUCGUCCCGGCGGUGCUGCUCGCCUACGCCGGCCAGGCGGCCUACCUGCGAAGCUACCCGGAGCAGGUCGCCGACGCGUUCUACGCCUCCACGCCGCAGCUGCUCUUCUGGCCAACCUUCGUGCUGGCGCUGGCGGCCUCCGUGGUGGGCAGCCAGGCCAUGAUCUCCUGCGCCUUCGCCACCAUCUCCCACUCGCAGGCCAUGGGGUGCUUCCCGCGCGUCAAGAUCGUGCGCACCUCCAGGCAGUACCAGGGGCAGGUGUACAUCCCGGAGAUCAACUUCCUGCUCGGCGCCGCCGCCUGCAUCGUCACCCUCGCGGCCCGGGACACGGUGGUGAUCGGCGAGGCGCACGGCAUCUGCGUGGUGCUGGUGAUGCUCAUCACGACGCUGCUGCUGACGGUGGUGAUGCUGCUGGUGUGGCGGGUGAACGUGUGGUGGGUGGCCGUGUUCCUGUGCGUGUUCGCCUCCACCGAGUCGGUGUACCUGACGUCGGUGCUGUACAAGUUCCUGCACGGCGGGUACAUCCCGGUGGCCAUGUCGGCGGCGCUGAUGGCGGUGAUGGGGGUGUGGCACUACGUGCACGUGCGGCGGUACAAGUACGAGCUGGAGCGGACGGUGUCGGCGGAGCGGGUGAGGGAGCUGAUGACGGCGAGGGAGCUGCAGCGUGUGCCCGGCGUGGGGCUGUUCUACACGGACCUGGUGCAGGGCAUCCCGCCGGUGUUCCCGCACCUGAUCGAGAAGAUCCCGUCCAUCCACACCGUGCUGCUGUUCGUGUCGGUGAAGCACCUCCCCGUGCCACACGUGGACCCGUCGGAGCGGUUCCUUUUCCGGCAGGUGGAGCCGCAGGAGCAGAAGAUGUUCCGGUGCGUGGCGCGCUACGGCUACCGCGACCGGCUGGAGGAGGCGCGCGACUUCGUGGCGGCGCUGGUGGAGCGGCUGCAGUACUACGUGCGGGACGUGAACCUGUACGGCGGCGCGGGCGCGGUGGGGCCGGCGAGGGUGAGCUACCCGAGCUCGCGGUGCGACAGCAUCGGCAUGGGGAAGUCGGCGUCGUACGCGGAGAGGGUGCAGCUGCAGAGGACGAGGUCGGUGGCGAAGGGGCAGGCGCUGCCGCUGGGGCAGCUGCUGCUGCUGCAGCAGUACUCGUCGUCUUCGACGGGGGGAGGGGGAGUGCACGCGGAGGAGAUGCUGACGCCGGCGGAGUCGUUCUCGGAGAUGGCGAGCGGGAUGGCGGUGGCGGUGAAGAUGAGCAUGGAGGAGAUGGCGCGGAUCGAGGAGGAGCAGAGGUUCAUACAGAGGGAGAUGGAGAAAGGGGUGGUGUUCAUCCUCGGGGAGAGCGAGGUGGUGGCGCGGCCGCAGUCGUCGCUGCUGAAGCGCCUCGUCGUCAACUACGCCUACUCCUUCCUCCGCCGCAACUGCCGCCAGGGCGACAAGAUGCUCGCCAUCCCCAGGACCCAACUCCUCAAGGUCGGCAUGUCCUACGAGAUCUGAAUCACAUCAACCAUUUUACUUUUACUUUACUUUAUUAAUUGCAUCAAAUACUACUUAUAUAUACUUACUACUGCUUUUAAGACAUACUCCAUAUCAGUAGUAGUAGCAGCAGCAGCAGCAAAUUAAGACAGCCAACGUACAUACAUACACUAGUUGAUUAUUGAUCGGUUGUACGUACAAUUAAUUGGAUGGGAUACGACCGAAUAUAUUGAUCCAGGUUCUUCCUUCUUGUUGUAUGUAUAUGCACUAGCCUGCACAGAUAUAUUGAACUGUUCCUUGUUACGCUA